CGAACUCAGUGGAAACCAUGGCUUCUUUGACUGGGGCUAGGCUGCCCUCCUUUCUCUACAUCUCCUUGCAGAGACAGAAUGGCCCCGGGCAGCGUGUAAUCAGGGAGGUGAACACCACCACCAGGGCCUGUGCUCUUUGGGGCCUGGCUGAAGACAGCGACUACACAGUGCAGGCUGCCCUCCAAAAGCUCCAGCCCAUGACUCACUGCGCUUGCCCAGGUCCUGUGUGCACCUUCGAGAACCCACUAGGUGACCUUAUGACGUAUGUCGCCUGUAUGUCAACCACUAGCGCCGCCAAUGCAGGCCUGUUGUCUGCAUCAUGCAGUUGAAGCACCCGAGAACCCUGUUGAGCCCUCAGGUGAGGAAUCCCAUGCCUCUCCCAUUCCCGACCACCAGGCAUUACAAAACAAAACAAAACAAAAACAACCCCUCCCCCCACAAAACAAAACAGGAACAGAAGUUGACACUUUUGAGCUUCUACUCGUGGAGAAGACUGUAAAAGCUCGCUCUGCAGUCGAUGUGCAUCGCUGACUGACGACUAAAUGCUUUCAUUGCAUCGCAUACAUCAGUUGAGUGCCAGGCCCAACUUAGGCUCUACGGGAUCAAAUCUACCUGCAUUACGUCAAGACUUUUUCUGGAGGGAAAGGCGCAUAUAUAGAUCACGAUCACAGCUCUACACAGGAUGAAAUAAACGCUUUAGAUAUAAGCCCUUAAAAAGGUAGAGCGGAAGCUGAACUCUCUUUUGGAUUGUGAAAGUGUGUUUCGGAUGCAGAAGAGGCUGGGCACUGGGAGAGGAGCCCAGAAACAUAAACGACUGGGUUUGGGAGUGAAGAGGACAGAAUUCGUGUCUUGGCUUAGCUCCAACACUGACUUGACCAAAUGGUAUCUCUGGCUUUAACCCUCACCAUAUGCAGUCUUUCCAACACUAGCUUCUUCAUCUGGUAAAGAAAAGCCACAGUGAGAGCAACUGUAAGCGACUUAGGAGAAUGUUAAGUAAAGCUCUACACAGAA